ACCUUCCCCCUCUUGACUAUAUUUACUCUUUGUACUUUCUUCACUAAUCCAGAGUAUUAUAUAUGAUGAAAAUGUGUUUUAAUUCAAUGAAAGGUUAUCUGUCACUAUGUGAUGUCGCAGUAAGGUUUUAAAGUAUGUUGGGGCAAGUUUAAUGUGUUGGUGUUCAUCUUGGAAAAAAAAGUGGGUCAACAGGCUAGCCAACCCUCGCUCAGGUAGAAUAAUUAACACACUUAAAAUAUCUUUAUACUAAAAUUAAAUACACACACAUUCAUAUAUAAGUAUACUGAAAAUACUACUGUCCUUGUUUUAAGUUUACUGGCUUUAUACAUAGUUUGAUUCACUGUUAAAAUCCUGAACAUUUAAGCACUACAGCAACAAGUGCAAAUUGUGUAUAUUAAGUUGUAUGUUUGAUAUUUGCAGAUCAGCUAUUCGUUAAAUGUAGAAGUGAUAAUGAAGUAAAAUUUACUGCAAAUAUAAAGAUUAAUGUUUAUCAUCCUAAUAGAUAAUGGAGACUGCUAUGUGUAACAAUAAUUAGGCUCGUAAAUUUAACAUCUCGUGGUGUUCUGUUUGUAAACAUUUCUCUCUAAAGGUCGAAAAUUAUAUAAUUCAUUGUCAUUAGAGAUCAUCCCAUGCCCUAGCCUAGCAGGUAGCUCCUCCAGCAAGACGUGCAAGUACAAGAUGGAGGCUGGCAUAAUAAAGAAACUUGACGAGACUGUUGUAAACCGCAUCGCUGCUGGUGAGGUGGUCCAGAGACCUGCCAAUGCCUUGAAGGAAAUGAUUGAAAACUGCUUGGACGCUAAAGCAUCAAAUAUUCAAGUAACAGUAAGACAAGGUGGCCUCAAGCUCUUGCAGAUUCAGGAUAAUGGAACAGGUAUUAGGAAAGAAGAUCUUGACAUUGUGUGCGAACGUUUUACAACUAGCAAAUUGCGAGAGUUUGGUGACCUAGCAUCAAUUGAUACAUAUGGGUUUCGUGGCGAAGCUCUUGCAUCAAUCAGCCAUGUGGCUCACCUGACUAUCACCACACGUACUAAGGACUCCAAGUGUGCAUGGAAAGUUUCAUAUGUUGAUGGUAAGCCAACUGGAGCAGCAAAACCCUGUGCAGGAAACCAAGGGACACAAAUAUCUGUUGAGGAUUUGUUUUACAAUGUAGCUACACGUAGAAAGGCACUUAAAAGUGCCUCUGAAGAACAUGCAAAAGUAGCAGAGGUGGUGAGCAGAUAUGCUAUACACAACUACAGUGUGGGCUUCACACUUAAAAAGCAAGGAGACAAUGCAACAGAUAUUCGUACCCCACCAAACUCGACUGUUGUUGAUAAUGUUCGCACAAUUUAUGGCCCGUCUGUUGCACGAGAACUGCUAGAACUGUCGUGUGAAGACACAAACCUUAAGUUCUUGGCAAAAGGUUACAUUAGCAAUGCCAACUACUCUGUAAAGAAGUGCAUUUUUUUGCUUUUUAUUAAUCAUAGAUUGGUGGAAUCAACAGCCCUUAGAAAAGCCAUUGAAACUGUCUAUUCAUCAUACCUGCCAAAGAAUAGCCACCCAUUUAUAUACUUGAGCUUGGAGAUUGCCCCUCAGAAUGUUGAUGUUAAUGUGCAUCCAACAAAACAUGAAGUCCACUUUCUACAUGAAGAAUCCAUUGUUGAAAAGAUUCAGCAAGCAGUAGAAUCAAAGUUAUUGGGAUGUAAUUCGUCUAGGACAUUUUAUACUCAGGCUCUUCUUCCUGGUGCAAGCACAGUUCCAAGUGUGCCUGGAAAAGGAUCCAUUGAUACGAAUGAUAAUGAAACAGUAGAUAAGAAGGAUAAGGUCUAUGCCCACCAGAUGGUUCGUACAGAUUCUCGUGACCAGAAACUAGAAAAAUUCCUUACAAAGCCAGCAGUAAAUAAGAAUGUGGUUGAAGAAGAGGACUUUCAAGAAGAUAAACAGGCCAGGUCUAGCACUGAAGAACAAAAUAGACGUGAUAUUAAGCUAACAAGUGUCAUGACAUUGAGGUCACAGUCAGAAAGCAGCUGUCAUGCAGGACUUCUAGAAACUGUGAAAAACAUGACUUUUGUAGGUUGUGUUAAUCCUGAGUAUGCUCUCAUCCAACAUGUCAGUAAGCUUUACCUAACAAACACUUCAGCACUCAGCGAAGAACUGUUUUAUCAGAUUAUGCUGAAUGAUUUUGGCAACUUUGGCAUCCUGAAACUUUCGACCCCAGCAAGUAUUUAUGAGCUAGCUAUGAUUGCAUUUGAUAUGGAAGAAAGUGGCUGGACAGAGGCAGAUGGGACAAAGGAAGAUUUGGCCACUUAUAUUAAGACAAUGUUGCUGUCUAAGGUGCAUAUGCUAGAUGACUACUUCAGUUUGCAGAUUGAUGAAAAAGGCAACCUUUGUACUUUACCAUAUCUACUAGAUGAUUAUGUUCCAGCAAUGGAAGGUUUGCCAAUGUAUGUUUUACGCCUGGCAACAGAAGUGGAAUGGGAAAACGAGCUGGAGUGCUUCCAGACAUUCUGCCGCGAAACUGCAAAGUUUUAUGCUGUUCAGCGAAAUCAAACACAUCAGGAAGGGAGGAUAUUGAAGUGCAGUGGUAUCUUGACUUAAGAGUGCCCCAACUUAUGAGUUUUCCGAGUUACAAGCCAUCACUCAGUUUUUUUGCUUCGAGUUGCAAGCCAAAAUCCAAGUUAUAAGCGAGCUUCAGAUACACCACUAAUUGGCAGCAUAUCUGAAGUCAAAUCCAACUCUGUACCCAGAGGAAUGUCAGGUACUUUGUCCCAUCCCACAUGCUCUUCCAAGACAUAACUGCAAGGAAAAUACUCCCACGCUAAUCCUACAUUAUAGUGAGGCACCUCGUCCCUUGUUUGGUUCUCGUAUAAAUCCGGGGAAGAGGUAACGAAGUGAAUGUUUUCAGAUACUUGGGAGUUGACGUGUCGGUGGAUGGAUUUAUGAAGGAUGAGGUUAAUCAUAGAAUUGAUGAGGGAAAAAAGGUGAGUGGUGCGUUGAGGUAUAUGUGGAGUCAAAAAACGUUAUCUAUGGAGGCAAAGAAGGGAAUGUACGAAGGUAUAGUAGCACCAACACUCUUAUAUGGAUGUGAAGCUUGGGUGGUAAAUGGAGCAGCGAGGAGACGGUUGGAGGCAGUGGAGAUGUCCUGUCUAAGGGCAAUGUGUGGUGUAAAUAUUAUGCAGAAAAUUCUGAGUGUGGAAAUUAGGAGAAGGUGUGGAGUUAAUAAAAGCAUUAGUCAAGAGGGCAGAAGAGGGGUUGUUGAGGUGGUUUGGUCAUUUAGAGAGAAUGGAUCAAAGUAGAAUGACAUGGAAAGCAUAAAAAUCUAUAGAGGAAGGAAGGAGGGGUAGGGGUCGUCCUCGAAAGGGUUGGAAAGAGGGGGUAAAGGAGGUUUUGUGGGCGAGGGGCUUGGACUUCCAGCAAGCGUGCAUGAGCGUGUUAGAUAGGAGUGAAUGGAGACGAAUGAUACUUGGGACCUGAUGAUCUGUUGGAGUGUGAGCAGGGUAAUAUUUAGUGAAGGGAUUCAGGGAAACCGGUUAUUUUCAUAUAGUCGGACUUGAGUCCUGGAAAUGGGAAGUACAAUGCCUGCACUUUAAAGGAGGGGUUUGGGAUAUUGGCAGUUUGGAGGGGUAUGUUGUGUAUCUUUAUACGUAUAUACUUCUAAACUGUUGUAUUCUGAGCACCUCUGCAAAAGCAGUGAUAAUGUGUGAGUAUGGUGAAAGUGUUGAAUGAUGAUGAAAGUAUUUUCUUUUUGGGGAUUUUCUUUCUUUUUUGGGUCACCCUGCCUCGGUGGGAGACGGCCGACUUGUUGAAAAAAAAAAAAAAUUCUUAUUUAAAAACCCAUAACAAAAAAUUGGGGUGGUUUAUAUGGGGCUGGAACGAAUUAAUGGAAUUUCAGUUAAUCUCAAUGAGGAAAAUUUAUUUGAUAUAUGAGCAAAUUGAGUAACGAGCUCUGUCACAGAAUGAAUUAAACUCAUAAGUCAAGCCACUACUGUACUUUUAUUUUUCCAAUAAUCCUGCACAUAAAUUAUAAAAUUUGUUGUAUU